GUUAAAAGUGCGUGCGCUCCGUUGAUGAAGCUUUAUGGUGCAAUCUUAAGUUUGGUGUUUUACCUAUUUGAAACAAAACUCUAAAGGGUUGGAGAGGCACUGCGUUUCUUUGAAUCUCUAGAGUUUGGAGUUUAUCUGGCUGUCUUACACAAGGCAAAGCCAGUAAGGUAUGGAGAAAGCAUUUGAUCCAGUGGGACUUCAGGCCAUUAAGGAUGAUUAUGAGAGAGCCUUUGAGUGCCUGGAUAGGGGACUGACAGAGGACGAGUCUGGAGACAAGGCUGUGGCCCUGGAGCUGUACAGGCAGGGGCGGCAGCACCUACUCAGGGCAAUUGGCGUGCCUUCUGGGGGGUCAGAGCGUGUGGGUCCCGCCUGGGACUCGGCUCGACAGAUGCAGCAGAAAAUGAGGGAGACUCUGAGUAACAUCACCAUCCGUCUGGCUGCUCUGGAGAACAUGCCAGAGCCCGAACCGACUGCUGCCCAUGGGGCGGCCGAGACCCUUGCCCAGCUCCUUUACCCAAAGCUGCCCGUGAAGGCAGAGUCAGAGAAGCCAGCACCAGCAAAGGGGAACAUCCAUGACAACCAGCUUCCCGGAGCGGCCGGCGGGCUUAUCUCGCUUCCGCAUCCACCCGUGAUGCAACAGGGUGUCCCGGGUGAGCUGCCCCCUGCCUACACUCCCCAGGCUGCUGACGGGCACCUCACCCUCUCCUACGGCACGGAGGUGGGAGAGCUGUCGCUGGUCAGGGAUGAGUUCCACAGGCCAGCACCCCUACUGCAGAGCCCCAACCUGGGGGAGGAGGGACAGGAGAUCCUCUUCCUUCCGCGGGGGGUGCAGAUUUUCUUCGUCACACCCGAGGGACACGUGAGUGCCCCCUCCUACCCGGGGUACCUGCGCAUUGUCAGUUUUGACAGACAGCACCUGGAAAGCGCCCCCAGUCAGCCACCUGCUUACCUGCAGGUGUGCGAGUGGGUGUACCCUCUGACCCCAGACUCCCCAGUUCUGCUGUGUAACACCGGGGUGUUCAUGUUCCCCGACACAAUGGCAAGCACACCAGGGUCCUACGUAGGUGUGGUGCUGUCCUCCGAGCUGCCCGCGUCAGACCACGAGCUGUUUCAGGACCACCUCUCGCAGCUGACUGAUCUCAGACUCCAGGCUCCGGAGGAGGCGGCGAGCGCAGACAAUCUGGGCGAGAAGGUGCCCUUGGAUGCCCCAGAGGAGGCUGCAGCUGUGAUGGUUGCACCGGAGGAGGAGAAGCCAGCGCCAGAGUGGAGCGAGAAGGUGGCCCACGGCAUCCUCACAGGGGCUUCAUGGCUGAGCUGGGGGCUGGUGAAAGGGGCCGAGUACACAGAGAAAGCCAUCCACAAGGGGGCGUCCAAACUGCGGGAGCACAUCACCCCAGAGAACGUGCCCGCUGAAGUCAACCCCAACGUUGCCAAGGGAUUGAAUGUUGCCAAGCAGGCCACCGGGGGUGCUGUCAAAGUGAGCCAGUUUCUAGUGGAUGGGGUCUGCACGGUAGCUGGACGCGUGGGCCGCGAGCUUGCGCCCCAUGUUAAGAAGCACGGGAGCAAGCUGAUCCCAGAGUCCCUGAAGAAGGACAAGAACGGGCGCUCCACCCUCGACGGGGCCAUGGUGGUGGCAGCCAGUGGGAUGCAGGGACUUGCAACCAUGUGGACUGGCUUGGAAACGGCAUCGAAGAGCAUCGGCAAGAGUGUAGCAUCAGAGACAGUGAGCACAGUGAAACAUAAGUACGGCGCAGAAGCCAGCCAGGCAACCAACAGUGCCAUUGACUGUGCCGCCAAUGUGGGCUUUGCGGCCUUCAACUUUGACCACCUGGCUAUCAAGGCAGUGACCAAGGCAGCGGGCAAGCAGACUGCAAAUACCAACCCAGGGGACUCCAACCCUCAAGGAAAAACGAAGAAGGAACAGGAAAAGUGAGAAGAAUAACAGCCUUAAUUCACUUUUAAAGUUCUUGUUCUCUCUUGUUCUGUACCUUUU